GUUCGGUCUCGUGGCCUGGCCCUGGCUCUAUGCCGGGCUGUGCUGGUCGACAUCAAUUCCGGUCUGUCAGCAGUCCCCGGCCGGCCGGAUCUGGGGUCAUUGAAGGUUGACCAGACUCUUCGGCCUCGACCCCCCGCGCACUACAAAAGCUUCGUGAUUUCCCCAGCUUGAUUGACUUUUUUUUCAUCUUCAUCUCCAUCAUCUUCUCCAUCAUCAUCUUCUUCUAUAUCAACUGUUUCACAACUGCUCAAUUGAUCCUCACGUGACCCCCUCUAUAUCUACAUCUACAUUUACAUCUACAUCUCCAUUCACCUCAACAACACUGCCCCUUGACUGCUCUCUAUCCUCUGCGGUGAACCAACAUCUAUCAUCGACUAUUGACCAACACAUCCUUCCCACCACCCCCUCUAUUGAUCCGAUCCCCGAUCAAUCUACCAUGGGUUUGAUGCUGAAGAAGCCUGAAGAGGCAGCGGGCUCGGCAGCCCCUGCCAUCAUUGUUGGCCUGUUUGCCGCCUUUGGAGGUAUUCUCUACGGCUAUGACACGGGCACCAUCAGUGGCAUCAUCGCCAUGAAGAAGUGGCGUGAGAUGUUCUCCACUGGUUACAUCAACCCCAAGGAUGGCCUUCCCGAUAUCACAUCCUCCCAGUCUUCUAUGAUUGUCUCCCUCUUGUCGGCUGGUACUUUCUUUGGUGCCCUGUGCGCCGCCCCCGUGGCCGAUCGCUUCGGUCGUCGCCUGGCCAUGAUCUUGGACUCCUUGGUCUUCUGCUUCGGUGUUAUUUUGCAGACGGCCGCCACCCGCAUUCCCCUGUUUGUGGCCGGUCGAUUCUUUGCUGGCUUCGGUGUGGGUCUUCUCUCCGCAACCGUUCCCCUGUACCAAUCUGAGACAGCUCCGAAGUGGAUCCGUGGUACUGUUGUCGGAGCCUACCAGCUGGCCAUCACCAUUGGGCUUCUGCUCGCCUCCAUUGUCAACAACUCCACCAAGGACCGCAUGGACACCGGCUGCUACCGCAUUCCCAUUGCUAUCCAGUUCGCCUGGGCCAUCAUCCUGGUGACGGGUAUGCUUGUUCUUCCGGAAACUCCCCGCUUCUUGGUCAAGCACGACCGCCACGAGGCUGCCGCCCAGGCCCUUGCUCGUCUCCGCCGGCUCGAUGUCAACCACCCUUCCAUCGUGGAGGAGCUCUCCGAGAUCCAGGCCAACCACGAGUACGAGCUCAGCAUUGGCAAGGCCAGCUUCGGCGACAUCUUCCGUGGCACCCUGGGCAAGCGUCUGCUCACGGGCUGCUUGGUCCAGGCUCUGCAGCAACUGUCUGGAGUGAACUUCAUCUUCUACUAUGGAACCACCUUCUUCCAGAACUCGGGCAUCAAGAACAGCUUCACCAUCACUUUGAUCACCAACAUCGUCAACGUGUGCUCCACCUUCCCCGGUCUCUGGCUCGUGGAGAAGUGGGGUCGUCGUCCUCUGCUGCUGUUCGGAGCCGUUGGCAUGUGUGUCUGCCAGUUCAUUGUCGCCAUCGUCGGCACAGCCACCUCCUCGGAAGUCGCCAACAAGGUGUUGAUUGCCUUUGUCUGUGUUUACAUCUUCUUCUUCGCGUCCACCUGGGGUCCCACCGCCUGGACGGUGACGGGCGAGCUGUUCCCCUUGAAGGCUCGCGCCAAGUGCUUGUCCAUCACCACUGCCUCCAACUGGCUCCUGAACUGGGCCAUUGCCUACGCCACUCCCUACAUGGUUGACUCCGGUCCGGGUAACGCCAACCUCCAGUCCAAGGUGUUCUUCAUCUGGGGUGGCUUCUGUCUGAUCGCGGGUGUCUUCGUGUACGCCUGCAUCUACGAGACCAAAGGAUUGUCCCUGGAGCAGGUCGAUGAGCUGUACGCCAAGGUCUCCUCGGCCUGGCGCUCGCCUGGCUUUGUGCCCUCGGUGCACUUCACCGAUGUUCGGGACGUGGCUGAGGGCAAGGCCCAUGGCACUCUGGGGGAGUUGGAGCACGAUGCUCAGAUGAAGCGUCAACACGAGCACAUCGAGUCCGCCUAGAUCGGAGCGAUUCUUUUUUGAUUGAUCUGAAUCUUUUUUCUUUCUUUCUGGCGUCUGGGAUGAACUCUGGGAUUCUUAAUUUGCAACGAUUUCUUCCUCCUGUAUAUUACGAGCAUUAUGGUGGUUUUGGGCAGCGCAGCGAUUGAAGCAUGUCAUGUGUUAUGAAUAGG